GUCUUGUAAAUAUGACUUCAAAAAAGAUUUUAUGUAAAAAUCUUUAUCAAACUCUCUCAUAUCCACAAAAUUUAUAUUCCUCAUCCCUUUUGAAUUAUUUUUUACGGAAUGGUAUUUCCAACAAAUUUCUAACAUUUAAAAGAACAUUAUCUAUUACAAAAAAAAUUGGCUUGAUUAUCUCUUCUCAAAUUUUAAAAAUUACAUCACCUUAUUUAAAAUUUAAUAAAAAACCUCAAAUUAAAAAUCCUUAUUAUUUUCAAGUUAAGAACUGGACAUCAGAAGAAGUUAAUCAAUUUUUGAAGGAAAGAAUGGGUGAUAAUUGGACUACAGAAUUAAAGAAGUUUUUUGAAAAGCAUAAAGUUACUGGAAGUGAACUUUUUAUGCUAAAUAAUUAUGGUAGAUUUUCUAAUUUAUAUGCUAAAGAAAUUGGAAUUACAUAUAAUCUUAGAAAAAUUAUCAGCCAACUUUAUAAGACAACAGAUAUACAUGAUGAUUUGGAAUUUUUUGAAUUUUUAAAAAAAGCUAAAGGAAAAGGAUUUGUAUCUAUUAAUGAUAAUAAUAAAAUUCCAGAACAUAUUAUAUCUUUAAAAGAUCUUCAACAUAAUCAAUACUAUUAUAUUAUUAAAGAUUGUUAUUCACAAAAAGAAUUAGAUAAAUAUAUAUAUCCACAACAUAAUUUAAUCCAUUCAAAUAAAAAAAUUAAGGAAUUUAAAUACUGGUCAUCAGAAGAGGUUAUUGAAUUUUUAAAAAAGGAAUUUGAUAAUCAUUGGACUACAAAAGUGGAAUAUUAUUUUAAAAAUAUGAAAUUUACUGGAAAUCAUCUAUCAAAAUUAAAUUUAAAUAACAUAUUAAAUUAUGAUAAAAUAUUUAAUAGAUUUUUACCAAUUAUGACUAGUAUUAAAUUUCAAGAAAUUAUUUGCCAGUUACAAGCAAAAACAAUAUAUAUUCAAGAUUAUAAUUAUGAAGGUGAAAUAAAAGAUAAAUUUUAUAAAUUGAAAAUAUAUAAUAAUGAACAUUUUAAAGAUUAUUUAUAUUUAUUAUGUAAAAGAUAUAUAUUAAAACCUAUUAAUUAUAAAAAAAAAUUGGUUGAAUUUGGAUCUUUUAGAAAACUUUAUGCUAGUGAAAUAACAAAAAUAGAAUAG